GUGCCUAAUCAUCAUCAUAAAUGCUACCCCAAACACAUGACACAUCCUUUGGUUGUUCUCCAUUCAUUUCAUUCAUGUUCAUAGACUCUCGCACAGCACAGCAGAAGAAGCAACUCAAAUUCUUGAUUUCUUUCUCCCUCAUCCCUUUUUUCUUUCCUUGAGUUGAAAAAUUCAAGAGAGAAUUCAAACAAACAAGCCCAGAAUCAGAGAGCAAAUUAUUGAGCAUGUCUUCCCCAAGCAAGAGGCGUGAGAUGGAUUUAAUGAAACUGAUGAUGAGUGAUUACAAGGUGGAGAUGAUCAAUGAUGGCAUGCAGGAGUUUUAUGUGCAUUUCCAUGGACCCAGUGACAGUCCUUACCAUGGCGGAGUAUGGAAAAUACGGGUGGAGCUUCCUGAUGCAUACCCAUACAAAUCUCCAUCAAUAGGAUUUAUUAACAAAAUGUAUCACCCCAAUGUAGAUGAAAUGUCAGGCUCGGUGUGUUUGGAUGUUAUCAACCAGACCUGGAGCCCCAUGUUUGACCUGGUGAAUGUGUUUGAGGUGUUUCUACCACAACUUCUCUUGUAUCCAAAUCCAUCCGACCCAUUGAAUGGAGAGGCGGCAGCUUUAAUGAUGCGCGACCGAGCUGCUUAUGAACAAAAAGUUAAAGAAUACUGUCAGAGAUAUGCCAAACCAGAAGAUGUAGGGGCUGAACCGGAAGAGAAGUCGAGUGAUGAAGAGAUGAGUGAAGAUGAAUAUGACUCCAGCGAUGAGGCAGUUGUGGGGCCAGUGGAUCCGUAGCCUUCUCUAUCUAUGUAAUGACCCGUCUUGGUCGCUGUACAUUAUGUUCUAAUCUCUGCCCAACAUCUACUCAAGAAAGUGCACAUAGAAGAAACCAUUCAUAUUGAAAAAGAAGAAUUCUCUUCUUUUAAAGUUUGUUUAUGUAAAUAGAUGUAACAUUGUUUCGAUGUAUUUUCUUUAUUACCUGCCAAGCAAAUGCUGGGGGUCUAAGUACUGCCCCUGCAUCAUUGUCUUAUGUACUUGCUAGUAAUGUAUUGAGUUUCAUGAAUCUUUUGCUUUAUCUA